AUGUCGGGCCGAAAUACGCGCAUGGCCCAAUGGAUAGACUACCGAGUCCGCGUGACCAUCUCGGAUCAACGGAUGCUGGUGGGAACCUUUAUGGCGUUCGACAAGUUCAUGAACGUCGUCCUUGCCGACUGCGAGGAGUUCAGAAAGAUCAAGUCCAAGGGCCGCAAGGAUGAGGAGAAGGAGGUCAAGAGAACGCUUGGCUUUGUCGUUCUCCGGGGCGAGACAAUUGUGUCGCUGAUGGCAGAGGCGCCUCCGCCCACGGGUCCCAAGAAGCCAGACAUCCAGCCCGGACCUGGACGUGGGCAGGUCGCAGGCCGGGGCAUGCCGGCGGCGCCCCUGAGCUCGGCGCCCGCCGGGCUGGCGGGCCCGGUGCGGGGCGUGGGGGGCCCUGCGGCCAUCCAAAUGCAGCCGAAGGCGGGGACUGGGAUCCCUGAAAAACGAAUCGCUGGCGGCUGGCGGCGCCUUUUUCGCGGGUUGCGUUGGAUGGCUUUGCACCGGAAAACAGAAGGAAACCGCACAUUUUGGGCGUUCCCCGCCUGUUGGACUUAA